AAAUAGAGUAAUUAAAGAUGACUCUCUCUUCCAAGUCUCUUCUCCUACUUUCUCCAUAAAAACACACAGUUAAAAGACUUCAAAUUAUACGUACAAUUUUAUUUCUUCUCUGCAAAAUAAGCAUAUAUGGGGUCAGCAAAAUUGAAGAUAGGUGGGGUAUGGAGUGGAAUACUAGAAGUAGAAUUAGAAGAAUGGACAAUUCCAAUGUUAAGAGAAGAAAUUGCCAAAAAAUCAGGCCUUGAAACGAUCAAUCUUAUAUGUGCUGGUAAAUUGUUGAAAGAUGGUGAUGGAACUGAGAAAUUAAGUCAAUUGGGUUUUAAAAAUAAUGCAAAGAUUUUGGCUUCUAAGGUUUCUAUUGAUCAAGGCAAGUCUGUAAAAGAUGAAUCUUUGGCUGAGGAAGAACGUUGCACUAGGCUUUCAAGGCUAAAGGCUGCUGCUACUUCUCUCUCGAAGAGACACGCGGAUGGCUCAUUACCUGUUGAAGAUUUCAAUCUGGAGCUCGAAAAUCAGAGUGGACAAAAGGUGCAACUGGGAACUGAGACUGAUCAACGAGCAAUAAUGAUGGGCCUAAUGCUUCAUACAAAUGCAAAAGUCUUGAUGAGGAAGAAGAAUUAUAAAGAAGCACUAGAAGUGCUGACUAUGGGAGAAGAAGCCUUCUCUCUCUGCAACCAGAAACUCAUCGAGAUGGUUGACAAUGUGCCGAUUCUGCAAAUAGACAUGGUGUGGUGCUACCUUAUGCUCCGAGAUAUCAGCUGGCUCUCAGUUGCUGGAGUCCGCCUUGCAAAAGCUAGAGAAGGGCUUGAGCGUUCUCAUGGGAAGGAAGCUAGUCGUCUCAGACUGCUUCAAAAAGGACGAUACCCGGAGAUUGCUCUACAUUUGAGGUUGGAGCUGCUAGAAGGAGUAGUGGCAUAUCAUAGCGGUCAGAUUGAAAAAUCUAGAAAGUCCUUGACAUCUGCUCAAGCCAAGUUUUUGCAGCUUCAAAUUCCAGAUGAAGCUUUGUCCUUACUUUUGAGUAUGGGCUACAAGGAACGAGAUGCCAAGAGAGCCCUGCGCAUGAACAAUCAAGUAGUAGAAAGUGCUGUUGAUUUUCUUGUUGAGGAGAAAGAAAAGAAAGCAAGGCAAAGGGAGGACGACAUCAGGCGGCGGAAGGAGAUCAAAGAUCAAAAGGGUUAUGGAACGACUCCCCUCGGAAAAGCUGUUGAUCUCGAGAGACUGAAUGAAUUGGUGUCAAUUGGGUUUGAGAAAGAGCUUGCUGCAGAAGCACUUCGACGAAAUGAAAAUGAUACACAAAAAGCUCUGGAUGACUUGACAAAUCCGGAAGCUAAUGCUUCGAUACAGAUACAUAUUGAGUCAAGGAAGAAGAAAAGGUUACGUCAAGCAGAGAAUGCUGUUAUUGAAGAAAUUGUAUCCAUGGGUUUCCCCAGAGAAGCAGUGGCUGCAGCUGUUCGUACUUUUGGCACGAAACAAGCUGCGCUAGAUCAUCUACUUACUUCUGCUGCAACAGAAGAUCAGAAUGCAAAUGAUACUCUACACAACAAUCAAGGGGAAGAUGGCAAUGCAAAUAAUCCUAUAACUGACCAACAAAGUGAAAACGGAUCGGGUGCUAACACAGGUUCAAGUAGUGCUAGAGGUCCAAGUCAUAACAAAGUUGAGGAGCGUGAUGUGGAAAUGGAAGAUUCGAUUACUGGGGAAUUACUAAGAGGAGAUGCUUACUCUGACUAUGACAUUGAGGUUACUGAAGAAGGUGAAGCUAUAAACGAAUACUUAGCUUUAGUAACUAUAGGAGAUAACGUAGAGAAUCGUCCAUCUUCGUAGUUAAAAGUACAGUACAUGUUGAGGAUGGUCCGUCUUCGUAGUUUCGAAAGUACAGUACGUUUUGACAGACUUGGAAAGUUUGCUGUGUAUAGCGUAUUAGCGUAUAUUAUCUUAGCCUAGUUCUUGAAUGAAAUAGCUUCAGUUGAUGGCUUGUGUUUCCUUUUCUUUAUAGUCUUUUGCGUUUAUGAUAAAGAGUUUUGGACC